AUAUUUUGGCACGUGAUUACUUAAAUUUAAAAUGUAAUUCCUCAUUUUUCAUCUUAUAAAAAUGAGUGGAUAGAACAUUAGAUACACAAAGCAAAAUAUUGAUAGCUCAAAGCAAGAUAGGUAACUCAUCGAAUCAACAAUGUCAAAACUAAGGUUGGAAGGUAAGGUUGCCAUAGUGACAGGAGGUGCAAGCGGAAUAGGAGAAGAUGCAGUGAAGACAUUUGUCGAAAACGGAGCAUUCGUAGUUAUAGCAGACAUCAACGACGAAUUAGGUCACCAACUCGCAACUUCGAUCGGCUUAGACAAAGUGAGUUACCACCACUGUGACGUGAGAGAUGAAAAACAAGUUGAACAAACUGUAUCUUUCACUUUGGAGAAAUAUGGAACCCUAGACAUCAUGUUCAGCAACGCUGGGAUUGCAGGUCCUAUGUCUAGCAUACUAGAAUUCGAUUUGAAUGAAUUUGACAACACCAUGGCUGUUAACGUUCGAGGUGUGGCUGCAACUAUCAAGCAUGCUGCACGUGUCAUGGUGGAUCGAAAAAUCCGAGGAUCCAUUAUCUGUACUGCUAGUGUGGCUGGAUCUGUUGGCGGAUGUAGUGGUCAUGAUUAUUCUACAUCCAAACAUGGUCUUAUAGGACUUGUACGUUCAACAUGCAGUGAACUUGGAGCUUAUGGGAUUAGAGUUAAUUCUAUUUCACCUUAUUUAGUUGUCACACCUCUUGCAUGUAGGGCACUUGGUAUGGAACUGGGUGAACUUGAAGCUAAUGGAAAUAAUAUUGCUAAUUUGAAAGGAGUUACAUUGAAGGGUAAACAUAUUGCAGAAGCUGCUUUGUUUCUUGCUUCUGAUGAAUCGGCUUAUAUUAGUGGACACAACUUGGUUGUUGACGGUGGCUUCUCAGUCAUUAAUACUGCUUUUCCUAAUAUUAAAAAAUAGAUUUGAUAUCAUUUUUUUCAACUUUCUUCGUUUCAUUUUCAAUUUACUUGUGAUUUACGUACUCACUCUACGUAAUGUGUGGUCCCUUUCUUAACGAGUUUCUUUGAUGUAAAGUAAAUUAAAAAAAAACAAUGAAGGGGUAUCUCUUUUGUGUUUGACUAA